GCCGCGUGGGAUUUGACAGAUAGUGCUAGUCAAUGCGAGCUCAUGGGAGGGCUGGUGCACGUAUUGUAUCACGUAUUGUAUAUCGCUAUGUAAUAAUUUAUGUUGAGGCUGAAAGCAAGGGCAGAAAUAGUGAAAGAGGACUUUCUUCUCUGCUGGCACAGACUGAUCAUUCAUAAGGCUUUACUUUGAAUUUCAUAGAAAUGUGCACCAUAUUGGCGAAACUUUAUUCACGCCACUCGAUGCGUUGGCUGCUGCUUGUUCUUUUCGUUUCUACACAGAGGAUGGCAGUGAAUGUGCACGCUACGUCUGUGUCCUGUGACACCCUGAGCCGACAUGACAUGCUGGCCUGGCUCAACGACUCCCUGCACCUCACCUACACCAAGAUAGAACAGCUCUGCUCGGGGGCAGCGUACUGUCAGUUCAUGGACAUGCUGUUUCCAGGCUGUGUCCUUCUAAAGAAGGUCAAGUUCCAGGCCAAGCUGGAACACGAGUUCAUACACAACUUCAAGGUUCUCCAGGCGGCCUUCAAGAGGAUGGGCGUUGACAAAAUAAUUCCCGUGGAGAAGCUGGUAAAAGGAAAGUUCCAGGAUAACUUUGAGUUUGUGCAGUGGUUCAAGAAAUUCUUUGACGCCAACUAUGAUGGGAAGGAGUACGACCCGCUACAGGCCAGACAGGGACAAGAUGUGAACCCCGCCCCCAAUCCAGGCCCCCAGAGGCACUCGCCCACGGUGCCCAAGAUCCUACCCACGCCCCAGAGGGUGCUGAACACCACUGUGCAUGUGCGGAAGGCCCCGGCCCUGGCGCGGAACGGGGGCACCGACGCGGAACUGUUGGAGCUAAAUCAACAGUUGAUGGAGCUGAAGUUAACAGUGGACGGACUAGAGAAGGAGAGAGAUUUCUACUUCAGUAAGCUGAGAGACAUUGAGCUGAUCUGUCAGGAACACGAGAGUGACACCAACCCUCACCUCUCCAGGAUCAUGGACAUUCUCUACGCCACAGAGGACGGCUUUGCUGCUCCAGAUGAUGACGAGAUUGAUGGACAGGCCCACUUGGACCAGGAUGAAUACUGAGUCUCUAAUACCUUCUGUCUGCCACAUCCCCCUCUCCCUCCUCUAAUACCUUCUCUCCAUCCACAUCCACCUCUCCCUCCUCUAAUACCUUCUGUCUGCCA